CAACCGAAAGAGGGAGCUCGAGGAGACUCAGACUGAGCGGGCGGCCAGGGCCGCGGUCUCCUUGGAGACGUGCUGACCAAUGGCAGCAGCGGAAGCUGUUUAUGGGGGCGGAGCGUCUCCAUGGCAGCAGGAGAAGCCUUUGCAGUGGCUACUUAAUACCGGUCCCUGGGCCGCCGACGUUCAGAGGCACCGUCGGGCUGGAGGUCGACGAGGGGCGCCAGCGGGGCGCUUGAGCUGGGGUUAAAGAGCCGCAGUAGGUGGAAAGAACUUCUUCCAGAACCUCCCUUUGGCCGGGGCUGCGCUCUGAGCCAGGCACGACAAACAUUCUGCAUAAUCGGAGGAGGCUACCCCCGGGUCCCGGGAUGGAAGCGCGCCUCCGGGAGGCCGUGUAACUGGAACCGCGGGAGUCAACGGGCGGGAGAGCGUGGCGGGCCACCGUAGGCUCAGCCCGUGGAUGUUGGCCGACCCCUCGGAGAGUUCCCGCAGACAUGGCGGAGAGCUGGCUACGCCUCUCGGGAGCAGGGGCGACGGAGGAGGCAGGGCCGGAGGGCAGCCUGGAGGAGCCCGACGCCCUGGAUGACAGCCUGACCAGCCUACAGUGGCUGCAGGAAUUCUCCAUUCUCAACGCCAAGGCCCCUGCCCUGCCCCCGGGGGGCACUGACCCCCACGGCUACCACCAGGCACCUGGCUUGGCAGCGCCAGGGUCCCCGUUGGCGGCCGACCCCGCCUGCCUGGGGCAGCCGCACACGCCGGGGAAGCCCACAGCGUCUUGCACGUCGAGGAGCGCACCUCCACAGGCCCCGCCCCCCGACGACGUGGACUACUCCACCAACCCGCACGUGAAGCCACCGUACUCGUACGCCACGCUCAUCUGCAUGGCCAUGCAGGCCAGCAAGGCCACCAAGAUCACCCUGUCGGCCAUCUACAAGUGGAUCACGGACAACUUCUGCUACUUCCGCCAUGCUGAUCCCACCUGGCAGAAUUCCAUCCGCCACAACCUGUCCCUAAACAAGUGCUUCAUCAAAGUGCCCCGGGAGAAGGAUGAGCCCGGCAAGGGGGGCUUCUGGCGCAUUGACCCCCAGUACGCCGAGCGGCUGCUGAGCGGCGCCUUCAAGAAGCGGCGGCUGCCCCCGGUCCACAUCCACCCAGCCUUUGCCCGCCAGGCUGCGCAGGAGCCCGCUCCGUGGGCUGGGCCGCUGACCGUGAACACCGAGGCCCAGCAGUUGCUGCGGGAGUUCGAGGAGGCCACCGGGGAGGCGGGCUGGGCUGCAGGCGCGGGCAGGCUCGGGCAUAAGCGCAAACAGCCACUGCCCAAGCGGGUGGCCAAGGUCCCACGUCCUCCUAGCACCCUGCUCCUGACCCACGAGGAGCAGUGCGAGCUGGAACCCCUCAAAGGCAACUUUGACUGGGAGGCCAUCUUUGAUGCCGGCACCCUGGGCGGGGAGCUGGGCACACUGGGGGCCCUGGAACUGAGCCCACCGCUGAGCCCUGCCUCUCAUGGGGACGUGGACCUCACUGUCCACGGCCGCCACAUCGACUGCCCCACUACCUGGGGGCCUCCAGCGGAGCAGGCUGCCAACAGCCUGGACUUCGACGAGACCUUUCUGGCUACGUCCUUCCUGCAGCACCCCUGGGACGAAAGCAGCAGUGGCUGCCUGCCCCCAGAGCCCCUCUUUGAGGCCGGGGACGCCACCCUGGCCACCGACCUGCAAGACUGGGCCAGUGUGGGCGCCUUCUUGUAAGAGGCCAGGCCCCCAUCCCACCUCCCUACAGCACCCAACUGAGGGCUCAGACUGCCCCCCAACACAGGCCCAGGGACACCCUACUGCCCAGGCAGGGGCUGAACCAGGUCUCCUGAGGCUGGCCCCAUGAGGCCCCAUGGCCCCUAGCCCAGGCUGCCCUCAGAUUCCAGCCCAGGAGGCUGAGAACGGGGCCCAGUAUCAGAAUUGCUGCCUCCCUUUCCCAGCCCCCCAUAUACACAGUGUUUCAUGGAUCCCCAUCUUCCCAGCUCCAGGGACCUGCCAAGGGCCCUGCACUUUGAGAGCUGCAGACAGGGUCUGGGGGCCUUGGCUAAGCUGGGCCCACCCCAGAGCCCCUCAGCUUCACUCCCCCCCCUCUCUUGCUUUCCUCCCCAGGUCUCUAUCCAGAGAAAGUUCCCAGGUACAACAAAUGCUAAUUAGACGACAGCAAAUUAACCCCCUGGAGGCCUCUCCCAGCAAAGCCUCCCUGGGGCUGGGGCGCAGUAGAUGGGGUGGAGCUGGGGGAAGGGGCAGAGAGAGAAGAUGACAGGAGAUCAGGGUUCCAGGGGGGGCAACGAGAUUUUGUAAGGCCCCUGGGGUGUCCAGGCCCCAUCCUGGAGGUGGGGUAGCCUGAGGCCGAGCAGCGGGGAGCUGGGGUUCUGGGGAGAUCGGAGGCAGGGGCAGCCAAGCUGCAGAAGGGAGGGGACAGACAGGCUAAUGUAGUGAGUGUAGCUAUAGCUGAGGCUUAACCUGCUGGGCUGUUGAUCUUGCUAGAAACACUAGGACCAGGAAAGGGGGCUGGCCCCUGCCUGCACUUGUUGGGGAGUGUCUGAGCCCCGGGGCUGUGUCCCACAUCCACCCUCCUGCCUCAUGGGGCAAUUUAACCUUUUUCAUGGAAAGUUAUUUACAACAAAAAGUUUUUAAAAAUAAACAUUUUUUAAUCCUAAAA